UACUUGUGGGAUCAUAAAUUGAAUAACGUGUGAUGUGUUUUAAGCAAUAUUGCUAUAACAAAUGGACAAUGAUGAAAUGAACUCUCGGAAAACAUAGUUACAAAAGUUGUGUUCAAUGAAGUAUGGUUGCACUGUACUGUGAUAAAGUGUGCGUAGACAUCUGAACAAAACGCACAACAACAGAUCGUGAUAAACAUAUCCAAAAAAUAUGUUGAUAACACCAACAAUAUGAUAUAACUCGUGUAUGUUUCCUAGCUGUGUUAUAAGUAUUCUCAAUAACGCCGCGUCACCUAGUGUCGACUCUUAUCACAACCUUCAUUGACCCGUACGACAGGCAACCCCUUCGUAUUUAGGCAACUUCGAAUAUCAACUCAAAUCUACUGUCUAUUGCGUACAUAUAUAGCAUCGAUAAGGAAGCCCGGACAGAUUAGGGCCUUACGAAAUAUUAUUACUCAGUACGACGCGUAGGAAAGCCUCGUUCUGAAUCACAUUUUUUCUGGCUUAUGCCACAGUGUUUUGGUCAGUUGCUAGUGCUGGUUGAUAGUUUUGUUGGCUUCAGAAAUGUUUCGCAAGAUAUGGAACUCCGUGUCUGGCGUGUACCUUCUAUACGAGUUGAACACCUGCAUCUACAUGCUUGAUCCAUGGGAAAAGCGCUUUGUCAAUGCCUUUAUUUUCGCCAUUCUAGGACUUCUCAUCUUCUCCAGCUACGCGUUCCUGCCAGAUUACACCCGCAAGCUAGUGUACGCUUUCCUGCCGGGCGCCCACUCGUCGCUGUCCGAUCUCGACCUGGACCAUCAACAAUCAAUGGAGUUAAAGAUACACUGAACCCGUAUUCCAUUUCAAACCCGUUGUGAUACGUCCAGCCAAGAACCAUAGCACCGACAUCCUAGAAAAUAGGCAACGUGCUGAGCACAAAAGACGGUUGGCUUUUAUAAUCAAUAGUUUUCAAAGGCGCGGAUCUAACUGCGCUACGGUUUGCAUUUAAUCUUUGGACAAUGUUUACUAGAAAACCUCUAAAGCGGAACGCUAAUGAUAUGAAAGAUUUCCACAACGGUUUAUGUUUAGAAAUUUGGUGUGCUACGCAUAAUUUAUGUACAAAACUAACUUGAAGUAAAAUUUAAUUUUAUAUAUUGA